AAGGACUUGACUUAUGUGGUUCGAUAUUAUUUGCUCAAGCCAAUAUUGAAUAUCAAGUAGGCACUCUUCUAAUGAUUCCUAAUAGUCACAAUCCUUGCAGCCAAGUAUGGCCCACCGGGAAUGGUCACAUACCUGACCUGGGAAUCUAGACUGUGGGAUUAUAAUGUUGCGCUACCCGUAUCCUCGCAUAACAAGAUUUUGGUUGUUUACCAGCACGAUCAGCAUAAAUAAUACUGCGUCUCGCUCCUUGCCAAGGGUUUCGAUCAACCCUUCUCUGCCCCUAACAGUAAAACCCAUCUGGCCUUACCAUAUAAGUCAAGAUGCUGUUUUCGCUUCCCCUAUUCCUCGCUCCCGCCCUGGUCGCCGCCCACGGCGCGGUUACCAGUUACGAGAUCGGUGGCAAGAAGUAUGAAGGUUAUCAGGGAUUUUCUCCGGUAGCCGGGGCUCAGAUCAUCCAGCGACAAUGGCCGGACUACAACCCCAUUAUGACGGUUACGGACCCUAAGAUGACCUGCAACGGUGGAACGUCGGCUCCCCUUUCGGCUGAAGUCGCAGCUGGCGAGAACGUGACGGCGAUUUGGAAACAGUGGACACACCAACAGGGCCCCGUUACCGUAUACCUGUACUCUUGCGACGGAGAGUUCACAGCCUGCGAUGGAAAGGGCAAGAAGUGGUUCAAGAUCGAUGAAAUGGGUCUAUGGGGCGACGUGCUGAACAGCAACAACUGGGGAACCGCCCUCAUCUACAAGGACUUGAAAUGGUCGAGCCGUAUCCCCAAGACCCUCAAGCCUGGCAACUACCUCAUCCGCCAUGAGUUGCUCGCUCUCCACCAGGCCAACACCCCUCAGUUCUACCCAGAAUGCGCGCAGAUCAAGGUCACUGGCUCUGGCACUGCUGUUCCUAGCGGUGCGUCUCUCACCUCCAUCCCUGCGUACGCUGCGCAGUCCGACCCUGGUAUCAUGGUCGACAUUUACAUGGGCAAGGGCACUUCAUACAAGGUCCCCGGCCCCGCUGUCUGGUCUGGUUAAUUGAUACAAUAACGAGGAACGUCUAACGAAGAGGUAUGAUCAUUGACUUUCAAUAAUAGUAUCAUAAAUAGUAUAAUUUGAAAUAAACAUACUAUUUGUGCUUAAUGAUGA